GACAACAUUUUCCACCUCAAAUAAUUCAGAAGAUACCUGAAUCCAUACUCUACAUGUGUACGAAAACCGAUUUUGAAAAUAUUGCUUCGUUAUUUAAUAAAAAAUCGAAAACCGAAAAAAUGAGAAAAAACUUCCAGUUUCGCCUUAAGGACAAGAUAUUUGGAGCACAUAACUCAAAUUUUCUAGAUCACCGUUAAAUGAAUUUGGAUGAAAAUGCAUCAUGAUGGUUUAUCAGUCAUUGUCAACAUCGGAAUGCAUUUCAGCUAAAUCCGUUUAUCGAUUCUCUAUUUUGAGAAAUUUUAUUUCGAGAAAUUUUAUCUUGAGAAAUUUUAUCAAAAUUAAACAUAAUCUAGCAUCCUCAAAAACUUUUUUCAAUUUUUUUUCAGAAUAUCCCAUAACUUUGCAGAAUACCGAUUUGCUGGGACAGAACACCUUCACAAUAAUACUAAAAGAGGUUGCUCCAAAAAACACAUCAAUUUUUAGGUAUUGCCAUGUAUCAAAUUGUUUUUGAAAGAAUGUUGGCUCCUGUCAGAUGCAUUAGGAGGAAUUAGGGCUGCCACAUACGUGGGUGUGAACGACCGGUUCAAGUCAUACAGUAGUGUAUCAAAGCCUUUUGUCAAAUAGGUUUUUGCAACAUUUUUGGUGAGCGGAAUUUCUUAAGGACAGACUUGUUAGAAUCCCAAAAUGGCCGCCACAAUGGCCGACUUUGGGACCUACUCACGAUUUCAAAGGCACAAAUCUCUUCGUAAACAAAACCAGCGCACCUGAUCUUCUUAUUUUGAGCUAAUUACUAGUGAGCAAGAAAAGAAUAAUAAAAUGCACUGGUGAUUGAAGCUUGCUUCUUGAGAUUUGUGCGUCUGAAGUUCUGAUGCACUGUUGAAGCGGGAUUUCAAGACGUUUGUCCUUAACAAAGAGAUUUUUUAGGUUGGUUUCCAAAUUCAUUUUAAAACUACUUCUGGAAGGCAUAAUUUUGGGGAUGUGACGAAACGAUCGUAGCUCAAAAUAAUAGCUUUCGCCUUGUUACAUUCUGUAGAAUUUCACAGAAUAUCAUUUCGAGAUGAAAUUGAGACUUUGAUGGUGUCCAGAAUCCAUUGAAAAUCGAUAUAGUGGAACUCCAAAUGUCACGUGAUUAGGGUGACCAAUUUCAAGAAAGGUUAGUCCAACAACCAAAAUAAAAACAAAAACUUUUUUUUUCAAACCAUUUGGCCGUUUUUAAUAAAAAAAAAUUUUAGAAGAAGAAAAAAAUAAAUAGGACAAUAAAAAUGCAAAUAUAUAAGUUCUUUCCUGAUCUCGGGACCAAAAGAGCAACCCGUUUUUAUACUUUCAUCAUAAAAUUCAUCCAUUCCAUAGAAAAUCGUUACAGUAUUGUUUAUUUAGAGAAAACUUUCCGUUUAACGGUAGAACGAAAAGCUACCACAGCUCUCAGACUACUGAUUAACUUAUAGGCAACAACCUUAGCGAUCAUUGUUUGUUGUUAGUUUUCAUAGCAUAUCAUUGUGCUUUGCAAGCAUGCUUUGAUGUGGCCAUCUGUUCCAAUGAUAGGAUGAUCAUGAACUGAUUGCGCUCAAAUUUUGCGCAGUCGUUCAGGACCCGCAGUAAAACAAAAAAAACUUGAACUGAAACUUUCAUGACCCACGGACAGAAAGAUCGAGUGAGUGAAAAAAAUCUUGAUCGUUAACGGAGCAUGUGAGGUACUCAUCACAGUAUUUCGUCCCUUACCGCGUUAAUGCAAGGCUCUGGCGGGCUAUCAACCAAAUUCGAGACGUGUUGCCUGCAAUGGAGAUGACUGUGCAGUAGCUUGGCAAAAUUAUCGACUUUGCGUAAUCGAAGUCCAACAUAAGCAAGUACCUUAAGCAGACCCUGUUUCGGCUUCGAAAGUAGAUGAACGAGGCUAAGCAAGAUCGCGAGAAACUCAUUGAAACUGCAGCAGUGUCAGAACCGACGAAAGCAAAGGUUACGACGUCUACCCAGACGGAGGCCUUUGCUUUCGUAGGUAGCCCAGAGAAUGUGGUGGAUGUUACUGUUUUUGAUAAGUGGGUGAGGUAGCCGUCAGGUGGGGAGUGGGACCCCAGCCUGGCGUCCCGGAAAGCUGGGAAGAGUGGACCUGAAUAGGCUGACCCGUUCCGGAUGGAAGGGAGCAGCAAGUUGCGACCGUUGUUAGACCCUCAGAAACCCCAAAGUAGGUCAGACCAGGGGGAGGACUCAUCUUGUACGACAGUUGAACGGAAGAGUAAGAAUGGCAAUCCGCUAAAUGGGCAGGAGCGUAAGGACACCAAACCCACGGGACGUAGGAGAGUACCCUGCCAACACGAAGUCGUAUAUGAUGUAGAAUAGGAUGCUAAAGUAGAGGCUAUAUGCGUACAUGCUCCCAUUUAAUCGCGUGUAAAGUGUACGCAUAGCGCCUCCACUGUAGCAUCCUAUUCAACAUCAUAUGCAAUCGUGUGUUGACUGGGUAGGUGUCGAGCGCGAGAAAGGUGACGCGCUCGUCAUCAAGACCAAACAGUCUAAGUAUUCGGACGACUUGAAGGCGAUGCAAAUGGACGCCAAGCUCGUAGAUCUAGGAGCCGACAUGCGCAGUAUUAGACGUACUCGAACGAAUGAAGUGACCCUCGAGCUCAAGCGCAACAAGGAGCGCAAGGGCACCGCCUACAAAAGUAUGGCGGAAGAGGUCCUUGGUGAAGGGGCGAAGUGAGGGCUCUUUCAGCGGAGGCGACUGUGAAGGUGAAGAUCCUAAACGAGAUCACCGAAGCGGAAGAGAUCUUCACGGCACUGUCGCAACACUGUGAAGUGCAGGUGGCCACCACAGCUGUUCGGCUACGGAAAGGCCUGCCAGGGACACAGGUAGCCUUGUUACCUAGCUUGUUACAGCUAUCUAUGGCGGACGCAAAUAAGCCCGUUAAAGUAAAGAAGCUUAAGGUGGGCUGGUCAUUAUGUCAACUAACCUUGCAUGAGCCACCGGAGGCUUGCUGCAGGUGUUUGGAACCAGGACACAAGUCAUGGGACUGCAAAGGCCCUGACAGGAACAAGCUAUGCGCCAAAGGCCAUAAGGCACAUGGCUGCACAAGCUGGUUGUAAUAGCAGGUGGCUUCAAUACCUAAGCCGUGGAAUUGGGAAGCCAUUUUACGAACCAGCGAGGUCAGAUCUUGUUAGAGACACUGGUCAUGCUAGAUGUCGAACUGAUUAAUAUCGGUACCAAAAGAACCUUUAGUCGGAACGGUGCGGAGCCGAUUAUUGACUUUACUUUUUGUAGUCCUGGUCUAACAAGUAGUUCGAACUGAAGAGCAAAAGAUGGCUACUCUCACAGUGAUGUUCCAAGUUUUUUUUAUAAUUUCUUCAGAAAUUUCCCCCUGAGUUUUUUCCACGGAUUCUUGCUGUGCUCCCUCAAGAAAUUCCAAUUGGGAUUCCUCCAGUUAUUCGUGCACGAAUUUCUUCGGAAAUUCCUAAUGGGUCUCUACAGAAAUUCUUCAUGGGAUUUCUACAGAAAUUUCUGAUGUGGUAAUUCCAAUAAUUUCUUAAGGAAUUUUACAAAAAAAAACAACGUUGUAUAUUGCGGUAGAAUGUCCUCCGUGGAUAUCUAAUAGAAUAUGGGAAUGUCUUCAAGCAUUCCUUCAGGAGUUCCAUUAAGAAUUUUUCCAAUAAUUUAUCUAGGCAUUCAAGAGUUAUUCUGGGAGUUUCUCGGGAAAUUCGUUCAAAAAUUCUUCCAGGGAUUUGUCAAAGAAUUUCUCUGGUGACUUUCUGCAGGGUUUCCUCUAAGAUUAUCCGAGCUUUUCCGUUACUGACGUUCUCACUCCCAGUAUCAAAUAAAACGAAUUCGCAUCCACUGCUGUCUACUGUCGUUUGAAGUUUUAAAGCUAUGUUCCAGUUGGAAGGGUCUCCAGUUAGCCGAGUGGUUAAGGCUAUGGAUCGCCAAUCCAGUCGGGAAAAUUUUCUCGACUCCCUGGGCAUAAUGUAUCAUUAUGUACUUGCCUCACAAUAUACAAAUUCAUGCAAUGGCAGGCAAAGAACGCCCUUCAAUUAAUAACUGUGGAAGUGCUCAAAGAACACCAAGUUGAAGCGAGGCAGGCCAAGUCCCAGUGGGGACGUAGCGCCAUAAAGAAGAAAAACCCAGUAGGAAUGUUAUGUCAAGAAUGAUAAAAAUUUCUAAUUUCAUUUCUUAUACAACUUUGAUACAGAAACUCUUGUAAAACUGCGAAUUUAGUCCUACAGAGCAUGCUUGAUUCCAGGAGGGGCGUUAUAUCAUAUAGACAUUAUAUUUAAACAACAAAAAAUUUGAACAAAAACAACAGAAGCAAUAAGUAUUUCAUUCGCCAAACAUCCUAAUAAUUCCGCAUAUCGCAUACCCUUACUUUCUUUGCUCUCUUGCCGUUUCUUAUCGUUCCUACCCAACUGCCACCCCAUUUCCUGUGUGUUGUAAAGGGGCGGUCAACCCGCUUUCCCCACCCAAGUGCCGCAUCCGUGCCAUCAAAAGAGAGCGCAUUUUCCAACACAAACAGAGAAGCGCGACGGCAGCAAGGGCGCUACGUCACCAAAACUUCUUGGGCUUUUCUUCUCUAGGGGGGCAGGCUGACUGGCUGACUCUGCUCAGUAUCUAGAAGUGUACGUGGACGAGCGGAACGUGGUUUCGGUUGCAGCGCCGGAAGUUUUCGACAGCGGUUAAUACAAAGUGUUAAAGUGCAACGUGCCUACCAAACAACCGCGGGGGCCUAAAGUGUGAAGUGUUCAGUUUCAGCGAACGUGACUUAUCGUCAAUCGGGCGCCCGAACCACGAUUGGCGCCCAACCACGACGAUUUUCGCGUAACCAUAUGGUAGCCUACUGCGGGAUGCGUUGAACCGUGGUGAACCAGCGACGCCUGCUGGGUCAGUGAUUUGCCGAAAAAGACACCAAAUAAUCCUACACUGACACAAAAGUGCACCGAAUUGUCGGGGGGAAAAGUGCCCAUCGUGUGGAUAGUGAGGUGCUAAAUGGACGGGAAGUGAAUUCAAAUAUUGGAUGUGUUUUUUUGCCUGUUCAGCUCACCUGAGUGAACCAUCAUCACCACCGCAUCGUCGGUAGUGUGCUAGAGCCACAGCAGCGGCGGCGCUGCGCUAUUUAUUAUCAUUUUUGUUCCGCGACCCUGAGAGUGCGGUGGCGGCGACCGACGGAGCGCAAGGCUUCAGUCAAAGUGUUUUGUAAAUAGUCAACUAGCUCCAGCACCGGAGGAGGGAAAAAGUGCCCGCUUCAAGCCUCCGGCCGCGCUCCGGAGCAGCAGCAAGCUCGGUGAUUGUUUGUGCGAUGGUGUGAUAUGUGGCCGUGCCGUACUGGACGCUAAUGGACAAGCGGCCAAAGUCAUCAUCAUCAACUGUCAACGGCGAGGCGGCGGCGGCGGUGCGGUGAUCUGCCGCCAUCUCGAGGAAGCGCUGCGGCAGUGGCAGUAACAGUGUGCCGCCUCUAGGGCUCCAGCAGGAGGAGGAGUGUGAAAGGGAAGAAAAACGUGGCAAGUGUAUAGUGGAGAAGCGCCGCAACGAGCAGGUGACGAAUAGAGCGCGGUGUGCUGGAAGUGUGCAAAAAAGAGAGUGACGAAGACGAGGGAAAGGGUGUUGUUUAUAGUUUAAGUAGCAAAAACAAUAGAAGUCGCCAGCGAGGCAGAUUGGGAGCACUUUGGAGCAGCACCGUCGUGUUAAGUUUUUUAAGGAAGGAGAACUUUACCCAUCGAAGCCAGUUUCAUCAUCAACCUCCAUAAAUCGUUUUCGGGAAGAAGACGACCGCAAAAGUUCAACCCCCUCACGGAACAUCGAACACACGGCGACGGGGCGCGGAGAACGACGCACCGACAGGACACACAGGAUUUUUUCGUUCACCAUGCGACCCGUGGUGCCACGGCCGGAAGUAACAGCCGAAACGCCGACUACGACGGCGACCGCAGAGGCAGGAAUAACAGACGAAUCGAAUUACUAGCGGGUACGAGUGGGGACGUGCCGGACGAGUCCUGAGCGUGGGAACCGCCAACAGCGAUCGAUGAAUUGACACACUGUACUUGUACGGGAAGCCCUCGGUAAGCCACCACCAGACUCCGCAAUGGAACAUCAUGGGUUGUUUACGGACAUAUCGAAUAGUUUCCCCGGCAGUGGAGUCCUGCCAAACACCAACGUGAAGUACCAUCACCACCUGCCGCAGAUCCCUCCCCAACCGCCGCCACCGCCAAGUACCGGACAGGGCGGAAAUCCGCAGUUGUUCCUUCCCCAACAGCAACAGCAGUCCCAUCAGCAGCCUCAUCAGCAGCAACAACAACACGUAGCAGGCUACGGUCAACAGCAACAGCAACAACACCAUCACCAACAAACGCAGCAGGCGCAGAGCCAGCACGUUGAGUCGGAUCCCCUUGGCAGCGGUUUGUAUCAUGACACUGCCGGGCUAUUCGAUGCAACUAGCGCCCUCUGUACCAACAAUAGCAGUAGUAACUAUAGUAACGUUAACAACAACGGUGGUAACGUAAACAAUAGCAAGUCCAUUGAAUUCACUUCGCGAAAGUUUGAAACCAAUACAGGCGAUAGUAUAACGUACAAUAUCAAUAACAUUAACACGAACAUCGUGAAUAACAUUAGCGGGGGGAGUUUGGGAACGAACGGUGUUCAAGGGUUGAACCCGACACAGGCCGCCAUCACUGGUGGUGGAUCGGACCUGCUCGGGAAUACCCAGUUUUCGGCCUCUGGCGGUGGUAACGCACAGAUCUCGUUUAGCAAAGAAGGGGAGACUAAUCCAACAAUCAUUAACAUUAACAAUAACAACCACAAUAUCAUGGCACCGCCCUAUCCAUAUCCUUAUCAGGCCAAGAUCUCCGGAAUGGGUGCGUUGAAUGAUUUGAAUACAAAGUUCGGAGCUACUCCCAGUUGGGCCGGAAAUGGUUCUACCCAUAGCGGCACUACUGAGUUUGCUAUCGAUAGUAGUGUAAUCAGCAAUUUUGAGGCUAAAAAUCCUACCAAAUACCAUACAAGUCGAAGCAGCUAUCGCUACCAGCAAGACUACGGGCAACCAGCUCAACAAGCGCAGCCUACUACGGCGCAUUACCAACACAACUACGGUUUGUAUCAUCCGGAGGGUGCGCAGGCAACUCCGAUUCAACAAUCGAAUGGUCACCAUGGCUACGAACCGUACCCACAAAUCGUACGCAGCAAGUAUCCAAUGAUGGAGGAAGUGAACCGCUAUGGUCGAACUCAUCAGGUUCACUCAGUUAACCAUUCGCAGAGUCACCAUGAUCUCAUGUACAACGAACGAUCUCGAUAUUCUAAUAACUUUCCCAGCGGCUACAUUCCCCCUGCAGCAGGUUACUAUCCCACGGCUCAACCGAAUAGCAAAAACGUGUUGAACCCUAGCGUGGACUACUUCAACAGCAACUACAUCAAGCAAGUCCCUCCGUUGAAUGUCCACCAAGCCAGCCACUACUUACCCAGCCGAACGGCUUACUCUCACCAAAAUCCCACUAUUCCCGGGUAUCAUCAUCACCAAAGCUACCUUAACCAUGCCCCUGCAUACGAAGAUCCCUACCGCCACAGAUCCCGACAUCACACGCACGUCCAGCAUCACUACAACGAUGGCCAUCAUGGUCAACAAAGCUACCCCAACUAUCCGGCCCCUGGCACAAACCUCGCUUAUCCUCAUAACCAAAAACUCCCCUUCAGUAAAUCCAUCAACGACUUCUACAGCCCUAGCGUUCCCACAAACACCGCACAUCACUAUCCCAUGCCCCUUACGAACCCAACAACUCCCACCGUACAUCACGCACCUCACUAUGGCAUCAAGUACACAUCGCAAACAAUCGUCCCUCCAAUGACGCAGCCAAAGCCCUCGAACCAUCCUGUCCCGACCUCACAACCUUCUCAAAAAUCCUCAAACAAUUGUUUCUACGACACACCCAAUCCCGUCAUCGAUAUGAACCACCCCUUGGUCGACCUGGAAGAGCAGAUCAACAGCAGUAAGAUCCUCAAGAGCAGUCGCGAAAGUUCCGGUUACGACACCAACCACGCUCUGAACUACGACUGUCAACAGAAGUACCUCAUGAAUCGGCACCUUUAUUCCAAAACCACCACCUCGUACUCCCAUACCCCAACCUCCACCGACGGAUACGUCCCCAACGGAGCCCACAUCAACCCCUCCGCAAACCUCACCAACUACGGCUACUCCAUAGAUGAAUUCGCCAUGGGAGCCCGUAACUACGCUAAUGACGAAAACCUCAAGGACAAGAACCUCCGCGACUACCUGAGCAGCUGGAACGAAACCGAAGAAGAGGACACCACCACCUCCACAAUCGCCACCGCCGAAAGGAAGGAAACCAACAACAAUCAACCUGCCCACCAGAACUUCGAGUCCUGCAAGUACCUGCAACAGGCCCUAGAAGAACAACUGCCUCCGCUACACGGUGGAGUCAUCGUGGCAAACGUUCAGAACGGCACGGGCAACCUGCCGGACAUCCUGAUCGACCUGGAGAAAACCAAAGACGACACUCCCAAGGUGGGCCAGGAAACGACCGAAGUCGGCGAGAAGCUGUACAUCCUGGAGACGUACGAUGUGCCGCACUCGGAGCUCAACAAGUACAAACACCUCAGCGUGAUCAACGAACUGCCGAAGAACGUGGUACCCAUCCACGAUAGUGCCGAUUCGCUCAAGUUCCUGGAGGAAAUCGAAUCCAACCGGGACAAGUACUACCAAACCGAGCUGGAAUCGGAAGUGGUGUACGACGAGCGCAAGAAGGACGAAGAGAAGAAGGAAGAACAGUCGAUGCCGACGAUUGUGCUGGAUGAUGAUGAUGAUGAUGAACCGGAAGCGGUGUUCGAGGAAAGCGCGGUUGUUGAGCAAGCUGAAUCAGUGGAGAAAGUCGCGCGGCAGGAGAAGGCAUCCGCAGAAGCAGAAGAAGUCUUACAAGCGAAGGAAGAACCGCAAAAGGAAGCCGACGGAGCCGACUUCAAGGUUCCUCACUACAUUCCGAAGUAUCGCAAGCGGCGGUACCACCACGAUGGGUACGACUAUCCACGCUUCCCGAAGCGUGCGCGCCGAUCCAGUAUCGAGGAUUUCCUGCACUGUGAGGUGAGGAUGCCCAAAUCACCGAAGCCACCGGUCCGGUACAAUGCGAAGCAGUUGUUCAGCAUUUGCGUGGCGGCACUGAAUUCGCGGGAGUACAGGCGGUACGCGAAGGCAGACUUGGCGAGGCGGCAGGAACUCGCGGCGAAGCAAGCGCUGGAGGAAGAUAUAGCGGAGAAGGUAGAUAAUGGAGAGGAAUUUCGGGACGAUGUGGUGCAAGAGAAGGUAGUGAUGCAAGAGACUUGUCAGGAAAUGCAUCGGAUGGAAGGUGACGUUCCCGUUCAAAUGGUGUGUCGCGAGGGAACUAAGGAGGAAGAGGUAAAUGAUAAGUCUACCGUUUCGGAUAGCUUCGACGAAAAGAUUGAAGUGAUGCAGUCGGAAACCCAAAUAGAAGAAUCAGCAACGGCGCAAGAUUUUAUGGAAGUUGUAGGAAGUCGUGAGGAGCAGAGCGAAGGAAACCAAACGACUGAAGGUGAGAGAACUUCACAGAAGUUACCUCAUAUGGAAAUCCCAGAAGAAGAUAAUUUCGAAGAGCCAGUCACAGCAACAGAGAAAAUAAACUUACCUGAAGCUAAGACGCUUGAAAAAGAAACUGUCCAAGAUGAAAGUGUUGCGCAGGUAGAAGAUGUAAAGGAUAACGAUACAAGGGAAGAGCUUGAAAGCCCCGUGAUCCAGGAAACUUCAUCGAACUCUAUGGAACAUCAACCCCAACCAGAUGAAAAUGCAGAAACUGUGAAACCUUUGGAAUCCACCAUGAUACAUGGAGAUGAAGAACGUGAAUCUGGAAAUGAUUCUUCGAUUGAAGAAGAAGAACACAGUGUAGCGGAAGACGCUACAGAACAUGCCAAGACUGAUGAUCCGGUGGUUCAACAGGCAGAGAAUGCUACUUCAGUUGAAGAGGAAGACAUGGAAACGGAAGAAAUGACAGAAUGUGUUAAAUCACCCGGCUUUAAUAACACGGAUCAAGAGUCUGAAAAAGCUACUCCAAUUGAAGUAGAAGACAGUGAAACUGAAGAAUGCACAAAACCUGCUGAAUCUAUUAGGAUCGAUCACAGUACGGAGCAAGAAUCCGUAAAGGCUACCCCAAUCGAAGUGGAAGAUAGUGAAACUGAAGAAUUCAUAAAACCGGCGGAAUCUGCUAGGAUUGAUGACAGUACGGAGCAAGAAUUCAAGAAUGCCUCUGUAACUGAAGUAGAAGACUGUGAAACUGAAGAUUUUACCAACACCGUUGAUUCUGCUAGCAUUGAUAAAAGUACGGAACAAGAAUCCAAAAAUGUCUGCGCGAUUGAAGAAGAAGCCCAUGAAACAAAAGAGCUUACAGAACCUGCUAAGGUUGAUGAUAACGCAGAACAAGAAUAUGGACAUGUUGCGUCUAUUGAAAUUGAAGACAGCGAAACAGAAGAACGUGUGAAACCUAUCAAAUCUCACAGUUUUGCUGAAUAUACGGAAUCAGAAACAGAAAGCACUCCAAUUGAAGUAGACGAUAGUGAAACAGAAGAACUGGCAGAACCAACCAAGCUUUCAAAGCUGGAUGGUGAUUCAAAACAAGAGUCAGAAAAUCCUACUCCAGUUGAGGCAGCAGAAGAACUUACAGGACCUACCGAGGCUACUAAGAUUUGUGAUGAACAUGAGUCAGAACAUGAAUCAGUGGACGGAACACCAAUCGAAGUAGAUGACAGUGAAAAAGAAAUAGUUGAAUAUUCGAAGAUUGUUGACAAUACGGAACCCGAAUCAGCUAUUACAACUUCGAUUGAAGUAGAAGACAGUGAAACAGAAGAAAUCACGAAAACGGUUGAAGCUUCAAAGAUUGCUGAUAAUACAGAACAAGAAUCAGCCAAUCCAGCUCCGAUCGAAGUAGGAGACAGUGAAACCGGCUACGACGAUGACGACGAAGUGUUUGAAAAACCCCCAGAAGCACAGUUUGCGACACCGGAAUGUGAACGAGUUUCUGUCAUCGUAGAUGAAGCAAAGCGGAUUAUGGCAGAGUGGGACGAUGAUAGCGAUGAGGAGGAGGAGGAAGAAGAGGAGGAGGAGGAAGAGGAGGAUGAGCAGGAGCAAGAAGACGAAGAGGAAGAUGAGGAGAUGAGUCAACCGUCGAAGGAAACCGAGCCUCAAGAAGAUAGUGUAACGAUGGGAAGGGUGAUUGCGGAGCGGGAUGAAGAGGUUCCAUUAGAAGCAGAACAGCGCAUAUCGGAAGGCCAGCGGGUGCCAGUGAUCCAGAAAAUCAAAUCAUACGAAUCCGUGAAAGCGGAUGACUCAAUGGUUGCGGAUGAGCAGCUAAAAAGGGAUGAGCUACAGGAAACGAAAGAACCAAUGGCAGCAUGUGAACCGAUGGAGACGGAUGAACCCGUCGCGGUUUUCAAUCCGCUUUCGCUACGUGACUUGACAAAUGCCGCCUUCGAAUGUUAUCGAGUCUUGUACGACUACCAGCGAGUUGCUCCCCUUCGAACGCUCUGCUACGAGUACUUACUGGCGAAUGGGAUGCUGCCGCAACCGCAGCCACUGCAGAAGCUUUGCGAGCAGUUCAUUUGCAGCAAUCGCCAUUUGUUCAUCAUCGAGGAGGUGAGGAAUGAGCCGCCACGAUUGCAGGAGCUUUGCCAGAAGGUGUUGAACGAAACGAACAUCAUCAUCGAUGUGAACGACUUCUGUAUCAUCAGCGAAGAAGCUGAACAGGAGAAAACGGAGCAAGGAAGGGUGUUUAUUGUCGAGGAUGAUCACGGAUCGAUUGAGGAUCUGUUGAGAGAAAGCGAAGACGUUGAUGGGGAUGUUAUCGUGCUAUCGGAUGAUGUUGGCGAUGAGCAUGAGAUAUUCAUUGGCGGAGCUGCUUACGAAGAAGACGUGCAAGUCGUGCUGGAAAGCAACCAAUCGCUUUCCGAUAGCGAGAACGAAAUCUAUCGUAAUGUUGAACGUGAAAUCGAAAGGAUGAUGACCACGAGCUCAGAUGAAGAAGAUGAGGCAUCGAAGCGAUAUGUGGAACAAAUUGGUGAAGAGGAGUUGGACAAUGAGUUCUUUUCGUUUGUUGGCGAUGACGAAUGCAUCCAGUAUGAGGAAGUGAUCCCCGUCAACAAACAAGAACAUAGAAGGGAGAGCUUGAUAAGCGAACUUCAGGGAAAGUAUAUGGUCCCGAAGGGGAGAAGCUUGACCAGCAGGCUGAAGUUGUUGCGAAAAUACGUCUACUAUCAGCGAUUUAUCAAGACGAGGGACCACGGGAUGCAGUCCAAGCGGAAGUUUUUCAGUCGAAAGCUCUACUGUUUGCGGAGGAAGAUUGAAGCUAUGCGAAGAAGCGUGAGCGUUAGUGUUAUCGAUGACGAUAGUGACACUAAUGACAGCUCGUUUUCGGGCAUCAGUAGUUCAAGCAGCAGUAGUAGCAGUAGCAGCAGCAGUUCAUCUGGAUCUGCCAGUGGCAACAGUUCGGAAAGUGAAGAAGCUGCAGCAACAGAAACAGAGACAAUGGAGCGAUCAAGUGGGCAUGUUUCAGAGGAUUCCUCCAGUCAGUCCAGUAGGUCUUCUGUUGGCGAACGCUUGAUGGAAACUAAUAACAACCAACUAGAUUUAAGAACACUAACCAAACCGGCCAAGAUAGAAUCUCAGCAGAUUGCCAAAGAAGAGGACAAUAGCAGUAAUAGCUCGGAUAGCAGGUCACGAGGGUUUGUCCGUAGAUCGGCCAACAUCUCACCUCUAGUGAAGAAGAAGAAACUGAGUUUCGAGGAGAGUUUGCUCAGCAUAGAACAGAUGUACAAAAAGACCAACAGUCCAACGCAAUCAACGAGUAGUCCAAGCAAUUCUAGCUCUUCAUCUCCUGUUCCCGUGAGGUCACGAAUCUUCACCAAAGCCAACUGCGGCCCGAACGUAGUUGUUAACGUUAACAAUAAUCGCGAAGCACCGAGGAAGCUCAUCAUUCCGUCGUACAAAAUCUUCAACCAAGACCUUAUCGACCCAAGACCCACGCCUACGACUGAAACCGAACCGUCGAGACCAAGCCGGCAGCCGAUCAGACGACGAAACAGCAGUGUCGGAAGCAGCAGCAGCAGUAGCACCGGCACCCGGUGUCAUCUGGUCAACUGCACCCAGCGAAGUAGCGGCUUGAUUCGCGUAAACUACCCGAACAAGCCUGCGAAUUCCGGCAAGCCUACUGCGACCAGUCCAUCCAAUGGUAGCAACACCAUCGCCACGCGAUCGCCUUCGAUCCCAGCAGACUUUGUUGAUCGGCGCGUACCGUACGUCCGGCUGGAGCGAAUCGAUUACGUCGAGAAACUAGCGGAACAGUAUCGGCAACAGCAGCGGCAGCAGCAACAGCGCCACCAACAGGAACAGUUCGCGAAACUGCGGCAACGGCGGAAGUCGACCUUCUCGUAAUGGGUUGGUCGUCAAAUCACGUGCGUGUUUGCGUGUCCGAAUGCCUUAUCAAAGGCCACUUGUUUUGGAUCGUACACAGGGGUGGUGGAGAGCAAUUUGAUGUUGUUGUCACGUUUGUUUGGGCGAUGGGCGAUCGGGUACACGCAGGGAAGGUAGAACUGUUCAAGGGCGUUGUUAGGGAAAAGCAUCAUCGGAAUGGGUGGUGCGGAAAAUGGGAUCACUUUUCCGGUUGACCGUCUGUCUGUCUGUCUGUUUGUCUGUCUGUACGAUUAGAUGAGCAUGACGUGCCGGUGAGCGGUUUUAAAGCUCGAAGGUAAUUUGUGGAUCGCAGUAGUCGGUGCGAUGUGCAGUGGUUAUGCGAGACCUCGGUAGGCGUAGUAAAAACAUAGUGGUUAUGGUCAGUUAUUAGUCAAGGGUUACUAGAUGAGGAACGACGUGGUUGAAAUGGUUAAAAAUUUUCAAUUAUUUACCAUAUAUUGUCGACAAUUAGGUGGUAAUUACUUCCAGCAAUUUCUUUGGAAAUUCCUUUGUUAAUUACUGUGGAUAUUCUGUCGGUAACUACUUUGAGUAUAGCUUUGGUAAUUCCUUCAAAAAUUGUUCGGGCAAUUCCAUCAGAAAUUGCUAUUUGAAUUUCUGCAGUCUUUAUUUUUAAAAUCCCAUCCAUAAGGUAUGUCGAUAGAAAUUGCAAAUUUAUAUGACAACUACUUUGGACACAUCUUCGAUAAUAACUUUUGAAAUUAUUUUGAAAAAUUCGUGCGGUGUUUUGUUCAAAAAGCAUUGUUCUUUGCUGAUGGAUACCUCAAUACCAUUGGUAAUUAUUUCGUAAAACCUUCCUUUUGUAUUCGCUGAUUCCUUUGUAAAUUCUUUUGAAUAUUUUUUGGGCAUAUUAUUUGGCAUUUUUUCGGGAAUUCCAACGGCUAUUAUAAUAGAAUUUGAUCCAGGCUUCCUCCAGGAAUUUAUCCUGGAGCUCCUCCAAGAACAACUGUUUGAGUUUGCCGUAAAUUGCUAGAGAAGUUGAUUCGGAAACUAUAUCAAAAGUUUCUUCAAGAAACCACUUCUAAAGUCGAAUUUCCUGCGGCAUUUUUUUUUAAUUUUAAAAUUCUCCGGCUUUUUUUUAUUCCUUUGAUAUUUUUAUAUCAGCAACUACUUUGUAUUUUCUUCCAACUAUUUGUUUGGAAAUUCCAAGGAAAUUCUCACAGCAAUCACUUUGGAAAUUUCUUUAAGAGUUUUUACGCAUUUUUUCGAUUUCGAAUCUACAGGAAUUCUUUCAGAAAGAGUUCCGAAAAUUUACCGAAAGAGGAAUUAUUUUCAAAAUUUUCCUGGGGUUUCUUAAAAUAUUUUUUCAAGGCCUUCACCGGGAAUUGCUCUGGACUGUUUCCAAGAGAUUUCCUGAAAUUCAUCCUAAAACUAUUUAUUACAGGAGUUUCUCCGUGAAUUUAUUCAAGUUACGAAUUCCAUUAACAUCGUUAAAAAAAUUCUGAAAAUUCAGCCCAAAUUUUCAUUUUUUUUUUAUUUUUAAGAAAUUUCUCUAGAAAUAUCCCCACUAAUUAUUCAGAAAAUACCUACAUCGAUUUUGGGAGUAUUCAUUCAGCAAUUUCUUUGGGAAUUGUUUCGGUAAUUUCAGAAAUUUCUAUGAGAAUGAAUAUGGAAAUAUCAUCGAUAAAGGCUAAUGAAAUUAUUCCAAGAUUAUGGUGUUUCUUUUGAAAAUUUCUCCAGCAUUAUCUUCGGUAAUUCCUUUCAUGAUCGAUUCAACAAUUUCAUUGGCAAACGAUUCAGUUCUUCACUUUGGAAAUUCCUUUGAAAAUUGUUUUGUGAAUUUCUUUGGCCGUUUUUUUUAGAAAAUCUAAUGGCACUUUUUUUCUAGGAAAAGUGUCGAUUUUUCCAUGAAUUUGUGUAAUACUUCUUUCGAAAAUUUAUCCUGGGAUUUCUUCGAGAACUUCUUCGUGAGUUUUCUAGAACUGCUAAAGAAAGUUUAUCCAGAAAUAAUACCAAAAGUUCCUGCCAGAAACUUUUCUAGAGUUCCUUUGGGAAUAUCCUCCAAAGUUACCCUGCAAUUCAUUAGAGAGGUCUCAAACAGUUUGUCUUGGGGUUUCAAUAAAAAGUUGUUCCUGGAAUUUUUUCAAGAGUUCCUCCGAAAAUUUCUACGAAAGUUCAUCCGACGGUACCUGCAUGAGCUUUUUCAUUUUUUGGACACACAUUUUUCGGAAUAUUCGUCAGGAAUUCUUUCAGAAGUUUUUCCGGUAAACUUCCCUAAAGAGAAAAUACUUUCGAAGUUUUCUGGGCAUUUUUCAGAAUAUUUUUUUCAAGACUAUCAACGGGCAUUUCGCCUGGGAUGUUUCCAAGAGAUUCCCUGGAAUUCCUUUCAAAAUUUUUGCAGGAGUUUCUCCAUGAAUUUAUUCAAGUGGCAAAUUUCAAUAACAUCGUCCAAGGGUUUCUGAAGAGCCACUCCUAUUUUGCAAAAGUUUUUUGAAUUUCGUAGAAGGUCAUCCAGGAAUCAUCCUCAUAAUUUUUUUUAAAAAAAAUUGAUCGUUUUUGGGAGAGUUCGUUCGAAAAUUUCCUUGGGAAUUGUUUCGGCAACUUCCGUGGAAGUCCUGUUUUUUUAUUUAUUUAGACAAAUAAAUUGGUAUUUCUUCUCGAAUUUCCUUCAGCAAUUUCUUCUGAUUUUUUUUUCUUUUUUUUUUUAUUCCUUUGGUACUUUUUUGUUUUUGAUUCUCUUCGGAUAUUUCAUUAGGAGCUUAUUAAGAAAUUCAAUCGGCAAUUACUUUUUGAGAUUUUCCAGCAAUUUCUUUAGCAAUUUUCUUUGGAAAUUAUUUCUGUAAUUCCUUUGGGAAUUCAUUGCCAAUUACUGUGAAAACUAUGUCAGUAACUGCUUCAGAAAUAGCUUCGGUAAUUCUUUUGGAAGUUGUUGAGGCAAUUUCUUCGGAAAUUAGUUUUUGUUGAUUUGCAACCUUUAUUUUGAGAAUUUCCUUGAUAAUUUGUAUCGAACGGAAUCGGAAAUUUCUGUAAAAACUAUUUUGCAAACACAUAUUUUCGACAAUUGCCCCAUUUAUUUUUUGUUUUUUUUUUUAUUUUUUUCAGAAUUAGCUUUGAAAACUUCUCCAGCAAUUCCUUCGAUGAUGCGUUCACCAAUUUCAUAGAAAAUUUUGUUGGAAAACGCUGCGCUUGUUAACUUUGCAAGUUCCUUUGUAUUCAUUGAUUGCUUUGGAAAUUUGUUUUGAGAAUUUCUUCGGCCAUUUCUUUGGAAACUUCCAUGACCAUUUUUAGAGGAAAAGUGGCGUUUUUCCAUGAAUUUGUUCAAAACUCCAUUCCGAAAUUUAUCCUAGAAUUCAUCCGAGAACUUCUUCGUGAGUUGACUGUGAGCUGUUAUAGAAGUUUAUCCGGUAAUAAUAUGAAAUAAUCUUCCAGAAACCUUUUCUAGAGUUCCUUUAACUAUAUUCUCAAAAUCUCCCCUGAAAUUCAUUAGAGGUUUUCAUAAGUUUGUCCCAGUUUUUAAAAAGGAAUUACUUUAGAGUUUUUUCCUGAAAUUUCUGCAACAGUUUCUCCAAGAAUUUCUAUGGAAGUUUAUCUGUCCAAAAGUCUUUUGAGAGUUUGUUCGCAACUUUCUUCGAAACUUUCUUCUGGAAUUCUUUCAGAUGUUUUUCGGAAAAUUUUCCCACGGUGCUCUUUAGGCUUUGGUUUUAAAGUUUUCUGUAGGUUUCAUAGAAUAUUUAUGCAAGGUGAUCACUAGGAAUUUCUCUGGGAGUUCCUCCUGGAAUGUUUGCAAGAGAUUUUCGAAAAUUCCUUUUAAAGUUCUUGCAGGAGUUUCUCCAUGAAUUUAUUGAAGUAACGAAUUCCAUUAAAAUCAUCCAGUGGUUUCCAAAGAUUUACUCCAAUUUUGCAGAAGUCUUUUGAACUUCUUAGAAAUUUCUCUAGGAAUUAUCCCAAUAAAAAUAUUCAGAAAAUACAACAUUUUUGUGAAAAUUCAUUCAGAAAUUUCUUUGGUAAUUUAUGUGAAAGUCCUCAUUAAAAAAAGAAAUACCAAAAGUAUUUCUUCUGGGAUUUUCUUCGGCAAUGUAAAUUGAAAAUUUCAUCAGGAAUUCAUUGAGAAAUUCUUCAUAGCUUAGGAAAUAUCUUCGUUAAUGGCUUAUGACAUUAUUUUGAAAAUUCCUGGAAAGUUCUCCAGCAUUUCCUUCGGCAAAGGAUUUGAUGAAUUCAGCAGUUUCAUUGAGUUUUUUUUUGCAAAUUCUUCAGUUAUUUACUGAGAAUUUCUUUGGCAAAUUGGGAAUUCCUCCGGCCAUUUUUAUAGGAAAAGUGAUGUUUUUUCAUGAAUUUCUUCAAGACUUCCUCCGGUAAUUUAUCCUACAGUGCCUCCGAGAACUUCUUGAUGAGUUUGUCGUGAACUGCUUAAGUUUAUCCGAAAAUUACAUCAAAAGUUCCCUUCGAGAAUGUUCUCAAAAGCUCUCUGGAAAUUCAUUCGUGGGGUACCUGAGGAUUUGUCCCGGAUUUUCUCAAUGGAAGUUGCUUUAUAAUUUGUUUUCUGGAAUUUCUUCAAGGGUUCCUGCAUUUGCUCUUCCGAGAUGAUCUUAAAGAGCUUUAACGCAAACUUCUUCAGAUUUUCCACAGGAAAUUCUUUUAAAAUUUAUUUUGAAAAUUUCCCUACGAAGUUCUUUAGCAAUUACUUUUUAAGCUUUCAGGCGGUUUCUCAGAAUAUUUUUUUUUUCAAAACUAUAACCGGCAAUUUCAUCAGUUUUUCCAGGAAUGAUUUCAAGAGGUUUCCUGAAAUUCCUACUAAAAUUCUUGCAGGAAUUUCUCCAUAAACAAGUAACGAAUUCCAUUAAAAUCGUCCCUUGGGCAUUGUUUCAGUAAUGUCUGUUAAGGUCGUCAUUUUUUUUGGUGAGAAACAAUUCCAUUUUUUUAGAAUUUCCUUCGACAAUUUACUCUGAUUUUUUUAUUUUCCUCGGUAGUUUCAUUAAGAGUUCAUGGAGAAAUUGCCUUUUAUUUUGAGAAUUGAAUCGAAAAUUAUUACGACAAUUCUUUCGGAUUUUCUUUGAGAAAAAAUUUGAAGGUAUCUUCGAUAAUGGCUAAUGAAAUUAUUUCAAAAAUUCCUUCAUUGUUUUUUUUUUAAGUUCUUCAGCAUUUCCUGCACCAAUUCCUUUGAUGAAGGAUUUAUCAAUUUCAUUGGAAUUCGGUUUCGAUUAUUCAUUGGUAGAUUCCUUUGAAAACUCUUUUAGAAAUUUAAUAGGCAAUUCCUUUGAGAUCUCUUAAGGCCUUUUUUGAAGGAAAAAAGGUUUUUCCGGAAAUCCAUCCUAAAAUUCCUCCAAUAAUUUCUUCAUGAGUUUGCCGAAAAAAAUACAUCAAAAGUUUCUGCUAGAGUUCCUCUGAAAAUAUCACCAAAAGUUUCCCGAAAAUUCAUUUGAGAGGUCCCGAGUUGUUCGCGAAAAUUUCUUCAGAAAUUUUCCCUGGAUUUUUUUCAAAAGUUCCUUCGGAAUUUUUUUCCUGUAUGAGCUUCUCCGAGAAGUUCCUUUUAAUAGUUUGUACGCAACUUGUUUUCUCGGAACCUUAUACAAUUCCUGUAAGAUGUUUUUUUUUUUCUACACGUUUCUCCACGAGCUUCUUCACAAAGUAGUUUCAGAGGUUUUUGUUGGUUUCUCAAAAUAUUUUUUCAAGAAUGUCACAGGGAUGGGAAUUUCUUCGGAAGUCAAUCCAGGAAUGCAUUCAAGAGUUUCUCCGUGAACUUCUUUAAAAGUUCUUUUGUGAAUUCCUUAGAUAUUUCUUGAAAUAAUUCACUUACGAGGUCUUUUAGCGGUCCUUCAGAAGUUCCUUAAAGAGUUUCUCAAAAAAUCCUUUAGUAGUUCCUUCUCGAUGUUUUUAAAAGUUUCUCCAAAUAUUUAUCUGAAAUGUUUUCUUGGAUUCCUUUCAAAAGUUUCCCCAUUUCUUCUUUCUUAUUCUUUCAGGAGUUUUCUUCCUCCGUGAAUUCCUCCAGGAGUUUCUUCGGAAAUUACUUCGGGGAUUUGGAGAAUCCUUCACAUAUUCUUAACAUCCUGAGAUUCUUACAAAGUACCAUUUUGGUUUCAGGAGGUAAAUUCAAGUUUUUACUCUGGAGUUUCAUCAAAAAUUAAUUCAGAAGCUUUUAUAAAAAUACAUUUAAGGAUUCUUUGAAAAAAAAUGUAGAUUUUCUAUGAAAUAUCCUUUAGGAAUUUUCUUCAAAAACUGUACAAAAGCCUCUUAAAAUGUAUUCAAGGACUAUUCAGAGCAACCCUACUACCCUAGCAAAAAUAACUGUGGAUUUUCUUUUACAAAAGUUUCUAAGAUCUGCACCUUAAAAACUCUCAAAAGUUUUCCAAGAAUGAAUCCCUUUGCCAUGAUUUUUCCUGAAACUCUUCAAUGCGAUUUUGAUUUGCAUUGACUUUUCCAGAUUUUUUUUCUUAAAAGUGUUUUCAGAUAUUUCUUUCAAAUUUAGUCGUUGUUCAGGAAUCUCUCACAGAUUUCAUUUAGGGCCAUUUCUUACUCUCAAAAAUGUAUUAAAGAAUUGGUCUCGAGAGCUUUCACAAGAAUUCUCCUCAAUAUGAAAGAAUCUUCAGAAGGAGUCCCUAGAAGAUCUCUUCCAGCAGAAAUUCUAGAUGGUCAUCUUAAUGGAAUUCCAGAUGGAACUCCUGGAGGAAUUCCAGUACUUCCGAAAGAAUUCUCAAAUGAAAUAUUGAAAAGGAGAAACUUCUGAAAGGAAUCCCUUAACAAUUCCAGGAGAAAUAAGUGAAGGAAUUUCUGAAAAAAAGAACCUCCUGAGGGCGUAGGAAAGCCCCGGAAAAUGCCGAAAGAUUUCCUGAAGAUACUUUCAGGAGAAAUCCUCGAAGGAACUUCCGAAAGAUUUCUCCUGGAAACUUACAAAAACAAAAUCUGAUGGAGCUUCUGGAAUAGAUCACGAAAGAACUUCCGGAAGAACUUCCAUAAGGCAUUGCCAGAGGAGUCCCUGAUGGAGUUCCUACAGAAAUUUUGGGGUAAACUCCUAGAGGAAUUCCCAGUGAAACUCCUAGAAGAACUCCCAGAGGAACUUCUAGUGAAUCUCCUUGUGGAACUCCAAGAGAAACUCCCACUAUAAUUCAUAGAGGAAUUCCCAGUGGAACACCGAAAGAAAUUUUCGAUAAAAACUUUCAGAAACUCCUAGUGAAACUUCUAGAGGAAUUACCAGCAGAACUUUUAGACGAAUAUUCUGUGGAUCUUAUAUAAUAAUUCUCGAUUGAACCUCUAGAGAAAAUCCCACUGGAACUCCUAGAGGAACUUCCAGCAGAAUUUUUAGAAGAAUUCCCAGUGCAACUCCUAGAGGACUUGCCAAAGGAACUCCUAGAAGAGUUUCAAUUGAAACUCCUAGCGAAACUCCCAGUAGCGUUCCUGGAGAAAUUCUCUGUGCAACUCCUAGAGAAAUUGUACAGGAACUUCUCACAGAUUUCAUUUAGGAACAUUUAUUUCCUAGAUGAUAUAUUGAAAAAUUGGUUUUGAAAGCUUUCGAAAAAUAUUCCACAUUACAGGAGGAAAGAAUCCCAAACAAGAGAGGUCUCCCAAAAAAAUCCUAGGUGAUAUUCCUGAGGGAACUCCUGGAGGAACUUCUGAACUUUCAAAAGAAUUCUCGGAAAAUAUAUUGGAAGAGAUUGCUGAAGAACAGCUGGAAGAAUUUCCGAAGGAGUUACUGGAUUAGUUCUCGCAGGAACUUCUGGAAGGAUUACCGGAUAAUUUACUUCAAGAAGUCAUAGUAGAAAUUUUGGAAAAUUGCUAGAAAAACUUGAGGAGCGAUUCCCGAAGAAACUUCCAAAGGAAUCCCUGGUAGAUAUUCUGAAAAAAAAAUCCUAGAAACGUCUGAAAGAAAACUCUGAGCAGUUCUAGGAAGAUUACCUGAAGGAAUUUCUGAAAAAAAAUCCCAAAGUGCGUUUAAAAAACAAUUUUUCUCGAAGAAGUUCCGGAAAAGUAUCGAAACAUAUCCCGGAAAAUUUUCCAGAAGAAAUCUCGGGAAAUUGUUCCCAAAAAAUACCAGAGGACGUUUAGAGAAAAAAAUUAAAUAUGUCUCGAAAAAGUUCCAGAAAAGUGGCGGAAGAUUUCUCAGAAAAAAAUACGGAAGAAAUUUCGGGAAAUUUUUCUCAAAAAAUUCCAGCAUAAUUUGCUGAAGAAAUAUUGAUAAACAAAGUGCUUGAUAAAGAGAGAACUUCUCGAAGAAUCACCGGUAGGGAUUCUGAAACAAAUCUCUAAUCAGUUCCAGGAAGCUUACUGGAAAUAAUUUCUGGAAAAAAUCCCAGAGAGUGUUGAGGAAAGACAAUUUCGCAGAAAUCUCCGAAAAAUGCCGAAAGAAUUCCCGGAACAUUUCGAAAGAAAUUUCGUGAAAAUAUUCUAAAAAAAUAACAAAAUAAUUUGCUGGAGCAAGUUAAAAACACACAAUGCUUGAGAAUUUCCCAAAACAAUUUGUGAAGAAACUCCCGUAACUACUUCCGAAGCAAUUCCCGAAACUUCCAGAAUAAUCCCGGGUAGACAUUCUGGAAGAAUUCCCUGAGCAGUUCCAGGAAGAUUACCUAAAAUAAUUUCUGGAAAAAUUCCCAUAGGACGUUAAAAAAAAACAAAUAUUUCUCGAAGAAGUUUCUGGAAUGGGCCGGAAAAUUUCCUGGAAAAUUUUCUGGAAGAAAUUUCAAGAAAUUAUUCCCGAAAAAUGUCCAAAGAAUUUGCUAAAAACAAAAUGUUUUAGAAAUUCUCAAAACUAUUGUUGAAGAAACUCUCGUAACUACUUCCAAAGCAAUUCCUGAAAAAACUUCUCGAAAAAUUUCCGGUAGACGUUCUGAAAGAAAUUUUUGUGGAACUUUUGAAAGAAAUCCCUGAGCAGUUCCAGGAAGAUUACCUGAAGGGAUUUCUGGAAAAGUUUCCAAAGUGCGUUUAGGAAAAAAGAAACAAAUAUUUCUCGAAGAAGUCCCUGAAAAGUGCCAAACGAUUUCCCGUAAAAAAAAAUCCGGAAGAAAUUUUGGGAAAUUAUUCUUAAAAAAUACCAAAUCAUUUUGCUGAAGCAAUUUCAAAAAACAAAAUGCUUGAGAAAGAAAGAACUUCUCGAAGGACAUUCUGAAAGAAAUCUCUGAGCAGUUCCAGGAAGAUUACUGGAAAGAAUUUCUGGAAAAAAUCCCAGAGUGUUGAGUAAAAAAAUCUCGAAGAAUGCCGAAAGAUUUCCCGGAAAAUUUCCAAAAGAAUUUUCGUGAAAUUAUUCUUAAAAAAAAUACCAGAAAAAAAUGUUGAAACAAGUUCAGGCAACAAAAUGUUUGAGAAAUAUCCAAAAAAAAUGACGAAUAAACUCCUGUAACUACUUCCGAAGAAAUUCGCACAAGAACUUCCAGAAGAACCAUCAGUUGGCAUUUUGAAAGAAUUCUCGGAGGAGCUUCUGGAAGAUUUCGAUAAGCAGUUCCUGGAAGAUUACCUAAAGAAAUUUCUGGAAAAAUUCCCAGAGGGCGUGUAGAAAAAAAACAUAUUUCUCGAAGAAGUUUCUGAAAAGUGCCAAAACAUUUCCCGGAAUGUAUUUUCAAAAAAAAAGAACUUGCUGAAACAAAAUGCUCGAGAAAUUGUAACUACUUUCGAAUGACUUCCCGAAAGAACCUCCAGAAGAACUCUCGGUAGAUAUUCCGAAAGAAUUUUCGGAGAAACUUCUGAAAAAAAUCCCUAAGCAGUUCCGAGAAGAUUACCUGAAGGAUAUUCUGGAAAAAAUCCCAGAAGCCGUUUAAAAAAAAAACAAAUAUUUCUCAAAAAAGUUCCAGAAAAGUGCGGAAAGGUUCCCCAGAAAAAAAAACGGAAGAAAUUUCAGAAAAUUAUUCUCAAAAAAUAACAAAAUAACUUGCUGUAGCAAUUUCAAAAAACAAAAUGUUUGAGAAAGAUAGAACUUCUCGAAGAAUCACCGGUAGACAUUCCGAAAGAAAUCUCUGAGCACUUCCAGGAAGAUUACUGGAAGGAAUGUCUGGAAAAAUCCCAGAGGGCGUAAAAAGCAUUACUAAAGAAUUCAAGAGGAAAUUAUCUAAAAGAAAUUACGGAAAACAAAUUUAAAAAAAAAUUCUGAAGGUUUCCAAAGGAAUUACCAGAUAAAUAACCAAAGGAGUUUGAAAAGAAACUUCCAGUGGCUUUGCCUAAUCAAAUACCCAAGGGAUUACGGAAGGAAUUUUGAAGGGACUGCUGGAGGAAUUUCUGGGAAAAUUUUAGAAAAAAUGUCAAAAUAAUUUCCAAAAAAAAAACACCGAAAGAUUUGCUGAAGCAAGUUCGUGCUCGAGAAAUUUCCAAAAGGAUUGACGUAGAAACUUCCGUUAUUACUACCGAAAGAUUUGCCGAUGAAAUGUUCACAAUUAACAAUAAGUUAAUUCCACCGAAGCCGUCUAUAAAGGCAUUAUCGAUGAAAUUUUCAAAGUAUUUGCCGGGAGAUUUUUUGAAGAAGGUGUUACUGAGGGAUUUGCCAAAGCAAUUAUGGUAGCAAUUACCAAGAAAUUGCAAAAAAAGUAAUUCCAUGAAGAAUAACAAACGGUCAUGAUAUCAUUAAUCAGCGUUAUAAUAACAAGCCAAUACCGAUUUAUGGUUUUCAUGUCAUUUCGUUCAUGACAAUGGGAGAUUUUAAUCGGUGACGGCAUUCGAAAAUGCAUGUCGGCAAGGAUCUGUUGAUAAUAAUGAUCCCUAUACAUUUAAAAUCGAUGAUUACACAACUGAUUUUUGUUAUGACCAUCAUCAAGCCACAACAAAUGUGACGAAAUUCAAAACAACCCUCAACGCCUUUGUUUAGGAUUGUUUUCCAAUGCAUCAGCUUCUCACACAGCGGGUUAUUAUCAUCACUCCCUCAUUCUCUCUCUCCACAUUCUCAACCACGUGCGUCGCCCUCUUUAUCGUUGAGAUAACGCCAACCACUCUCUCACAAACCGGUUUCGCUCUGAGCAGGAAAAAACAUUCGAGCACAUCCAAUCCCCUUGGCAUAACGCGAUCAGCGUUAUAUCUGUGCGUUACCACCGUUCCGAUGUUGAGCUGAGACAACAACCAUCUCCGUUGCAUUCAACAUAUUUCAUUAUUCGCCAAAAGUGUGCGUUACAUUUUGUUACGUUUUACUAUACAUCGCGUGAUUUCAUAAAUCAUUGUCAAAUCAAAUUUGAACUGCUUUUAUUUAAGUUACACUGUCGUAUAUUUGUACUGUAGACCAAUCUAGUUAAGUGUUUUAAUGUGGUUGAAAGUUUUUAAGUUUUUCUUUUGUAGAACGAUUUCAUGGCUAAAAUUAAAUAAUAGUUAUUGUUUUGUUUGGGCAGUUCAUUAGGCGUUACUUUCCAUCUAGUCAAUAGAAGAAUUCAGUUUAGCAAAAAGCAAAAACAUUAUAGCUAAGGAUUUACCAAACGAGAGAAAACUUAUUCUUACUCGAUUACUGUGGUGUUUUAUCUGAUUUAGCAUUAGACGUAGGUUAAAAUACACAAACACAAACACACACACGAACACAAUCACAAGCCAAGUUGAAUAGUACAUUCCCGGUUUUAACGAACCCCUUAGCAAGUAAGUUUUUAUAUGUUACUAGGUUUGAUUGUACACUAUUCCCCCUCCUUAAACCACCAGAAUUAGUUUUAACUCACCGAUUAUUGUAAUCACCCUCUAGCUAUUACCGUGUAAAACUACCGUUUGUUUAUAAUAUGUGUUGAAAGCAUAUGUAAUAAUCCUAGAAGUGCGUGGGCUACAUCAUAAAAACCAACCAUUCACGAUUGGAACAGGCUUUUUAGGGAAUACCUACUUUUCUUCAGGAAGACUAGCGAACGAACCAAGUGCGUAAGAAUCGAAUACAACACACUGAAUUUUAGUGCCUUGACAUACUUUUGAUAAAACAGAAGCAGUAAUAAUCACAAAAAUACAUACACGAAGAAAAGAAAAAAACGCAGAUAUUAGAGCAUUCACCAAAAAGCAAAGAAAAAAAACAUAAAUGGAAGUAUUUUGUGUGUGCAAGUAGCUUUUUUCUACAAAAUAUGGAUACGAAAAUAAAAAGAGAGAGAGAGUAACAUAAAUUGUCGAUAUUUACGAUAUACACAGCAACUUUACAAACAAACCCUAAGAAAUGUGUCGCUUGAUAUCAAAGAUUGAAACGUUGUGGCAUUUAUCUAUUGGUCGUCGAUGGUCGUAUUUAUUGAAGCUAAAGCUGGAGUCCUGAUCGGCGUUUAUUUGAUCCCGCAAAAGGGCAAGGUAAUUUAUUACGGAAGAAAAAAAAAGUCGAACAGAUCAGAAAGCCAUAGAAAAUCGAAGAAAACAACAAAAAAGUUUAAGAAAUAAGGCAAAAGAAAAGCAAACGUGAGUAUUGUAUCUAUUUUUAAAUGUCAAUGUAAGACUAUUGUUUGCAAACAAAAGACAAAAAUGGAAAAAUAAAAAAGUUUUGUUUUUGAAUGUUGGUUGAAA